GUGCGCGGUAGCGGCGGCGGACGCGGAGCGGAGUCCGGCACUCGGCAACGCUCGGCGGUUCCCGUGCAGGCCAGGCCGCCAUUUUCUCGCAGCCUCCCCGUGCGCGGCUCCUGUCCCGCUGCCCGCGCUCUGUCCUGCUCGGCAAUGGACGGCAUUGUCACUGAUGUUGCAGUUGGUGUGAAGAGAGGAUCUGACGAACUUCUUUCAGGCAGUGUACUCAAUAGCCCGAACUCUAACAUGAGCAGCAUGGUAGUUACUGCUAAUGGUAAUGACAACAAGAAAUUCAAAGGUGAUGAUAAAAUGGAUGGGGCUCCUUCUCGUGUUCUUCAUAUCAGGAAAUUGCCUGGGGAAGUGACAGAAACAGAAGUUAUUGCUUUAGGUUUACCCUUUGGUAAAGUAACCAACAUCCUGAUGCUGAAAGGGAAAAAUCAGGCAUUUUUGGAACUUGCUACAGAAGAGGCAGCUAUCACUAUGGUUAAUUACUACUCUGCUGUGACACCUCAUCUUCGUAACCAACCUAUUUAUAUCCAAUAUUCCAAUCAUAAAGAACUAAAGACUGAUAACACACUUAACCAGUAUGAGGAGUAUCAUCGGGCCCAAGCUGUUCUUCAGGCGGUGACGGCUGUGCAGGCAACAAACGCUCCCAUUAGUGGGACCACUGUUAGUGAGAGUGCAGUGACUCCAGCGCAGAGUCCAGUACUUAGAAUAAUUAUUGACAAUAUGUACUAUCCAGUAACCCUGGAUGUUCUUCAUCAGAUAUUCUCUAAAUUUGGUGCUGUGUUGAAGAUAAUCACAUUCACAAAGAAUAACCAGUUUCAAGCUUUACUGCAGUUUGGUGAUCCAGUAAACGCACAGCAAGCAAAACAAGCCUUAGAUGGUCAAAAUAUUUAUAAUGCUUGCUGUACCCUACGGAUUGAUUUUUCCAAAUUGGUGAAUUUGAAUGUCAAGUACAACAACGACAAAAGCAGGGACUACACUCGUCCUGACCUUCCAUCUGGUGAUGGACAGCCAACACUGGACCCAGCUAUUGCUGCAGCAUUUGCAAAGGAGACCUCUCUUCUAGGGCUUCCUGUUGCAGCUGUUCCAGGGGCUCUGAGUCCUUUGGCUAUUCCAAAUGCUGCUGCUGCAGCUGCAGCUGCUGCUGCUGGUCGUGUAGGAAUGCCUGGAGUUGCAGCUGGUGGCAAUACAGUCCUCCUGGUUAGCAAUUUAAAUGAAGAGAUGGUUACGCCCCAAAGUCUGUUUACCCUCUUCGGUGUUUAUGGUGAUGUGCAGCGCGUGAAGAUUUUAUACAAUAAGAAAGAUAGUGCUCUUAUACAGAUGGCUGAUGGGAACCAGUCACAACUGGCCAUGAGCCAUCUUAAUGGACAAAAAAUGUAUGGAAAGAUUAUUCGGGUUACCCUUUCUAAACAUCAGACAGUACAACUACCUCGAGAGGGACUUGAUGACCAAGGGCUGACUAAAGAUUUUGGUAAUUCACCUUUGCAUCGCUUCAAGAAACCUGGUUCAAAGAACUUCCAAAAUAUAUUCCCUCCUUCUGCCACACUUCAUCUGUCCAAUAUUCCACCAUCAGUAGCGGAAGAGGAUCUACGCACAUUGUUUGCUAACACUGGAGGCACUGUGAAAGCAUUUAAAUUUUUUCAAAGAGAUCACAAGAUGGCACUUCUUCAGAUGUCAACAGUAGAAGAAGCUAUUCAGGCUUUGAUUGAUCUUCACAAUUACAAUUUGGGAGAAAGUCACCAUCUGAGAGUUUCUUUCUCUAAGUCAACUAUUUAAAAAAGGCAGAUUGAGAAUGAAGGUGUAUUGCAUUGUUUGGUGUUGUCACCUAUUGACUGUUCAGGAAAGUGGGGACCAGAGUUUGUCUUCUGUUUUUUUAUUUUUUUUCAUGCUGUUAUCAUUCCUUGAUUGUUUUCAAAAAUAAAAAAUUUAAAAAAAUAAAAAGCAGUGAUAUUAACUGCUGUAGUCAACUGUUGUUUAGAUAAACCAUUGUUUUGUUUAAAAGAUUUCAAGAUAAUACCACAUUUUUUCAACUUAGUUGACGUACGUGCCUUAAAAAGGAAAACUAGUACUGCUGGAAUUGCAUAACUAGUAAAAAGCAAAUUUGGUUGUCUGGGGCACAUUGUUACAUGAUAAUUUAAAUAUGUUUAGGCAGGGGUGUGUAAAAAGGUUAAGUUUUUGUUUCUCCUGCUUGAUUUCUUUAUCUGCUGGCUUGUCACUUAUUUUUCUUUUUAAUUGGAUUAGAUGCAUUAUGCUGACAGAGUACAAUUACAUUAUUUGAUUUUUUGCUACUUUUUGCUUUGUGGUUUUUUUUUAAAAGGCCUUUUGUAUUACAUUGUUCUGGUCUAGAUUCAGUUAUGAAUGUAGGCAUUAGUUAAAAUUAACAAGGUACAGAAUAUUAAUUUCUCAAAGGACAAAAAGUGACUUCUGUGACUUUGAGCCCUACGUGAAAAGCAUUGUGGAAUCUUAACCUUUUUGUACACACUCUUGUGGGAUGUAUCAUAUAAAUGUCAGCACUAAGUAAUGUCUUGUUUGUGGCUGAAUAUUUUUCGUAGAUGUUUUUGAAGUUGACAUGACUUAUGUGCAUUUCAAUAUAUAUUGCCAUCUUUAGUUUGUAAUUAAGAUAUGGAAUAUGGUUGUGGAUUUCUGAGCAUGUACAGAGUGGUCAAGCUAGUUCAGGAAAUGGUGCAUGUAUUUUUCAAUGAUGAAGAAAGUUUGCUGCAAAUGCUUGCAGGAAAUUUUGUGGCAGUUUCCUAAAACUGACAACCAGGUGGGACCAAAGUUUAUGUGCCUUUAGUCUUAAUUUACCUUGCAUUGUAAUAUUCAGUUUUAAUAAAUCUCUUCAAAAUAUUUUGUAUUUAGAAAUUGAUCUGACUUUACUAUAAACAUGGCUCAGAAUCUGCAGAUCCACUUAAUUUGAAAGCAGUUCUCUGUCAGUCUGAACUGUUACCUUGAUUCUGUUUAAAUGACCAAUACUUUUUGAAAUUGAUGUACUUAGUUUCAAGAUUCAUAGAUUCUGUUACCUAUGUAGAGAAAAAAGGUCAUGUAUAUUUUCUAUUAGUUGAGUUUUUACAUCUUUAGAAUUGUAAAAUUCAGUAUAGUUUGAAAGUGGCACAAUUAAAAAUUAAUUUUCUAACAAAGUUGGGAGGUUUGAUGGUUGUUUAAUUUCAUUUUGUGUGUACUCUGCUUACCUCUGUAGCAUGCUCAAUAAACACUUCUGUAGCUCUGUA